AGAAGAAGAAGAAGAAGAAGAAGAAGAAGAAGAGGUCUGUGCAGCACCAGUGGCUUUGCAGUUGUGAACAGGAGGCUUAAUUGGAGAGUUCAACCAGCAUUGUUCUUAGACAACAUGAGUACAACACAGAGGAAGCGCCGCACCCCAAACUCUUCUACCACCAGACGCACUGCCAGCAAGAGAAGCAGAGCCACAAACACGCCAUCCCAGCGGGUUCACAGUGCCAUUCAGGUCUUGGACAACAGCGGAAUGAAUACUGAGGAUGUGGUGGACCUGACGUGCGAGGCUUCAGAGGCUGCUGUGGUCGACCUCACCAACAACGACUCUGUGGUGCUUGUUGAUGAAGGUCCUCAGGUCAGACGUGGGGAAGGCUGUGAGAGCUACAUUCUGAGCAGUGAUGAGGAGGAAGAGGUGAAUGUCAGUAGCAGUGCUGCUUUCCUGUCUUCACUGGAGGCUAACAGUGCAAUGAGGGCCACCCCAGGAACCAUAAGCUGCCCAGUCUGCUUGGACACAUAUGAAGAGAUUGUGGGAAGUGGGAGGCUAGUGGUAUCCACCCGGUGUGGCCACCUGUUCUGCAGCCAGUGCCUCCGUGAUUCGCUGGCUAAGUCUCAUGCCUGUCCCACCUGCAGGAAGAAGCUGAACCACAAGCAGUACCACCCUAUCUACAUAUGAGCCCAUGGCCUUGCCCCACUCCCCACCUAGAUCACAGUCUGCCUAUAGAGUUCUCUUGCACUUUGAGCAGACGUUUGUUUAUUGCCCGACCCGAUUCAUACCCUUAUUGCCUCUUUCCUUCUUACAAAAAAAUGUUUUGACCGCAUUUACUGUCCAGGCAGUGUGAAGUGCAAGAAUGUCCUCUUGUAGCAUCACCACAUUUAAAUUAUAUUUUGUACAGCAUGUUUGCUUUCUCAAAUGUUCAAUUGUCACAUUUCAGUUCCUGCUCUGAAGAUUAUCUGUAAUUUCUAUGCAUGAACAUAUUUUGUAUUGCUAUUUGGGUUCUGUGUGGUGUGUGAAUCUGAACAUUGGUUUCAGUUCAUUUUUAACCUGAUCAAAUUGGUUAAAACAUACAUUUGGGAAUUUAGUUGAAUAUUUUCUAUUUAUUGGAAGAUAACAAAAGAUUUGUAAUAACUAGUUUAUCCACUGACGUGACACUCCUCCAGCCCAGGACACCUGGGAGGACCGGCCAGAGAUAAUAUAAUGGUAAUGGUCCUUCAUCAGGUUGCAUAAGGAACAAAUUGGUUCAAAAGCAUGGCAGUGGUGUUGAUGUUUGAAGUUUGGCCACACACUGUCAAUUGACUGAAUUGAAUUUGUCAAAAUCAAGCAAAAUCACCAUCAGAACUUGUAGAUGCUGUUGAAGACCAUUCUGCUGCUGUUUGAAUAUGACCAGAUUAUUACUUCAAUUGGACAAGGUGACAUGACACCCCUUCUGUGCUUGGUGGCUACAUUUUUGUUUAUAGCCUCCUGGCUAAUUUAAAAUGACUUGUAGUAGUAAUACCUGGAUUUAUAGAAGGUUAUUUGAUGUAGGAUUUUUUUUUCCUCUUGAUCUCAUUUGAUGCUGUUAUGUUUCAGUCAUUUUCAUAGAAUGUUGCAUUGAGGAUGCAUACACAUCUCUUAUUUUAUCUGCUAUUUGCUCCAUUUAUUAUCACCCAAAGUGUACUGGUUUGAAGGUUUCCAUAGCGGCAUGUAUGAUAUCAAGUGUCUGAUAUCCACAGGACUGCUUGGGUUGACUAUUAAUCCUGGUCAUGAGCCUUGAGGGUCCCAGGUCACUCUCGAGUUGACUACCGACUGAAAUUAUGCUGCCUUGCCUUCACAUCUGUAUAUAUUUGUGUUUUAAUUAUGUACAUAAUGUUAAUAAAUUACAAUAAAUGUGCAAGGAAAGAACUAGAA